UUGCAGGAGAAGAGGACAAAGAUACUCAGAAAAAAGUAAAGGACCGAAGAAGGAGACUGGAGAGACCAGGAUCCUUCCAGCUGAACAAAGUCAGCCGCAAAGCAGACUAGCCAGCCGGCUACAAUUUGGAGUCAGAGUUCCAAAGACAUGGGCUUGUUGGAGUGCUGUGCAAGAUGUCUUGUAGGGGCCCCCUUUGCUUCCUUGGUGGCCACCGGCUUGUGUUUCUUUGGGGUGGCACUGUUCUGUGGUUGUGGACAUGAAGCACUCACUGGCACAGAAAAGCUAAUUGAGACCUAUUUCUCCAAAAACUACCAGGACUAUGAGUAUCUCAUCAAUGUGAUCCAUGCCUUCCAGUAUGUCAUCUAUGGAACUGCCUCUUUCUUCUUCCUUUAUGGGGCCCUCCUGCUGGCUGAGGGCUUCUACACCACCGGUGCAGUCAGGCAGAUCUUUGGCGACUACAAGACCACCAUCUGCGGCAAGGGCCUGAGCGCAACGUUUGUGGGCAUCACCUAUGCCCUGACCGUUGUGUGGCUCCUGGUGUUUGCCUGCUCUGCUGUGCCUGUGUACAUUUACUUCAACACGUGGACCACCUGCCAAUCUAUUGCCUUCCCCAGCAAGACCUCUGCCAGUAUAGGCAGUCUCUGUGCUGAUGCCAGAAUGUAUGGUGUUCUACCAUGGAAUGCUUUCCCUGGCAAGGUGUGUGGCUCCAACCUUCUGUCCAUCUGCAAAACAGCUGAGUUCCAAAUGACCUUCCACCUGUUUAUUGCUGCAUUUGUGGGAGCUGCAGCCACACUGGUUUCCCUGCUCACCUUCAUGAUUGCUGCCACUUACAACUUUGCCGUCCUUAAACUCAUGGGCCGAGGCACCAAGUUCUGAUCUCCUGUAGAAAUUUCCCUUUCUCUAAUAGCAAGGCUCUAACCACACAGCCUACGAUGCUUCAUCUCCCAUGUUAACUCUUUGCCUUUGCCACUGAUUGGCCCUCUUACUUGAUGAGUGUAACAAGAAAGGAGAGUCUUGUGGUGAUUAAUGUCUCUCUAUGGACUCUCCCCUCUUAUGUACCUCUUUUAGUCAUUUUGCUUCACAGCUGGCUCCUGCUAGAAAUGGGACAUUCUUCAGAUGGUGACUCCCCGACUGCAAGUCACAAAGAAAUGGAGGCUCUAAUUCAAUUUUCAAGCAUCUCCUGAGGACCAGGAAGUGUUUUCUUCUCAGGCACUUCCGCCGAUGGAAACAAAGUGGAAAGAAAGAUACUCAGGUAGAGAGAAGGGAUGUACCUGGUCCCUUUGACACCUAUCAGGGCCAAAUAUAUUCUCCUUGGUGUACAAAACAAAGAACCUACUUCUGUCUCCCUCUUACCACUGAAGAUAGAAGAAAAAACAGACAAAACAAUAGGAGCAUUUGCCCAAAUCUACCUAUUGCAUCUGGGAGAAAAGGGUCAAAGCAAGGAUCUUUCACCCAUAGAAAGAGAGCACUGACCCUGAUGGCGAUGGACUAUUUAAGCCCUAACUCAGCCAACCUUACUUAUAGCAUAAGGGAGUGUAGUGUCUGUGUAGCCCAAGGGGGCACUUGGCCUUACACCUUAUUAGAGAAGAGAGGCAAGGUGUUGUCAGCAUCUUCUCACUCCCUUCUCCUUGAUAACAGCUACCAUGACAACCCUGUGGUUUCCAAGGAGCUGAGAACAGAGAGAACCUAGCUCAUAUGAAAUAAAAAGGCUGACCGAAGGAGCAGCAGUUGUUAGUGGCUAACGGUGUAAACUGAGCUAGCCCUCUGGUAGACACAGGAUAGCUAACUCUUCAGAUAGCGUGUCUUUUUUCUGUUGAUUAGUUCUAUACUCUGGCCUCUGUCAUAUCUUCACAAUGGUGCUCUUUUCAUGGGGUAUUAUCCAUUCAGUCAUAGAGGAUAAUUAGAAGAUCUUGAUUUGUUUCAGAAUGAUGCAUAUUUCACAUUUUCCAAUUUGUUUAUCACUUUUUUGGGGUUGUACCAGAAAGGUCUAGGAAAUGAUUCUUUGAUUAUGAUUCUUUAAUAGAUGAACAUUGAACAUUAAACAUUGCAAAUAAUAUUUAAAAUUGGCUAGUCCCAUGUAUCUACUAGAUUUUCUCCAAAUUAUUCUGCUCUUGGUCGAAACAGAUUUGGUGAAUUUGAACCUCAAUUUGAAUAACUUAUUUGAUUGUUCUUUUUAUGCUAGUGGGGGAUGAUUUGAUUUAGCAGUGUUAUCUUGGUGUGUAAAGAGUCAGGUUUAACAUACAGGUUAUUCUCCUAGUAUAGAUUAUAUAACCAAAUGCCUUAGCCAUCAGGCUCCAUGGAAAUGGAAAUAUGGAAAGAGUUUGAAACUUGAAUAUCUCCCAGGUUUCAGGCUUCUCUUUCUGUGUUUGUUAACUUUGGGUUAAAAAAGAAAAAGCUGAGUGGUCUUUAUCGAAAGAAAGAUUUUAUGGAUAUUACUGUAGAUGGCUCUUUUGUUUUAAAGAGCUACUUUGUUUUCCCUCCUCCAAAGUGGUUUCAGCAACGUUUAAGGAGAUGUAAGAUAUUUACAAAAAUAUACUUAAUAUUUGUCUUCAGACCAGUAUACAAGAUAAGCUUCAAGGCUGCAUAGAAGGAGGAGAUGGAAAAGAUUCUGUGAGAAACCAAUCAAGAUCAAGGAAAGUGAAGUAAUCCAUAUCUUGUGUUUUGUUUUGAUUUAAUAACAUAACAAAUAACCAACCCUUCCCUGAAAAUCUCCCACGCAUACAUACACACGUAUACACACAUGAAGAGAGUUAACUGAAAGUGUUUCCUUCAUUUCUGAUAUAGAAUUUCAAUUUAACACACAUAAAGGAUAAACUUUGAGGAACUUAUCUUACAAAAUGUAUUUUAUAAAAUUAAAGAAAAAUAAAAUUAAGAAUGUUCUCAAUCAAA